GAUAAACUCACAAAAUCGUACUUAAGGACUGUAUAUUCAUGUUGAAUGCGAACAAGCACUUUCACUUUGGAGAACAAGACGUUCAAGCUCUUCAAGACGCUCUUAAACGCGUAUGUAGCCAUCUUCAUUCGUAUCCUCUGCUCCUCACUAACCGUCUCCUCCAGACGAUGCCUCUCUCUCCUGCGGACCAAGUGGCGUAUCUGCGCUCGCUCCCGUCAAUCCGCGACGGCUGCCACCGCGUCUUGGCCCUCGGCAAGCAAGACAAGCUGCCCCACUUCUCGGUGGUCGAGAGCAAAGUCCCCGCCUUAGCUGACUACGUCAUCAACGUCUUUCGCCAGUCGUAUCCAACGCCCAACGAGGCGAAUGUCCCGUUCCACUCGCGCUGGCGCCACUUUGAGACUGGCAACCCGCAGCGAGUGGAGAAGAUGACGGCAACUUGGAGCUGCGACAAGUUGGAGAAGGCGCGUCGACUAUUGGACUUGGCGCUCGUCAGCGUCCUGUUGGAUGCGGGGGCCGGACCCACGUGGAAGUAUAAGGAACCAGGUACUGAGGACUUCUACAGCCGCAGUGAAGGGCUGGGCAUCGCCAGUUUCCACAUGUUCCUAGCCGGGAACUUCUCUUCAGACCCGGAGAACGAUCCACACCGAGUGGAUGCAGCAGCGUUGGCGAACUUGGCUGAUGAAGCCAUUUCGAAGGCUUUCCAAGUGACGGAGGAAAACCCGUUGGUGGGGUGUGCUGGGAGGACGGAUCUGCUUAAGGGUUUGGGGAAGAGUAUUGCGAAUUAUCCAGAGUUCUUUAAGGGAGCAGACGGAUCCAUUCGACCGGGGAAUAUGGUCGACUAUCUGACGAAGCACCAGAACUCAAGUGGUGAGGUGUCGAUUACCGAUUUGUGGAAGGUUGUGCUGUAUGGGUUGCAGGACAUUUGGCCGGCGAGUCGAACUCAAAUUGACGGCCAGAAUAUGGGAGAUGUGUGGGAAUUGUCAUAUUUGCCGGAACACGAGAAGGCCGGAAAGUUUGUGAGCUUCCACAAGCUGUCGCAAUGGCUGACGUACUCGCUAAUGGAGCCACUCCAAGACGCGGGCUUUAAGAUCACAGACCUCAAACUGAUGACAGGCCUGCCGGAGUAUCGCAAUGGAGGGCUCUUGGUAGACUUUGGUGUGCUGGUACCCAAGUCAGCGAGUAUUCUUACCGACGAGUUCGAUCCGAGUACUGAAGUGAUCAUCGAGUGGCGAGCGCUCACUGUGGCAAUCCUGGACGAAUUGCACAAAGUGAUCCUUGAACGCCUCAACUUUACGGCAGAUUUCUUCCCACUCGUCAAGAUGCUGGAAGGAGGGAGCUGGAAGGCGGGGCGUGUUAUCGCCAAGGAGAAAAGGGCCGACGGUGGCCCGCCGAUCAAAAUUAAGAGUGACGGCACUGUCUUUUAGACAGCAGACAAAGAGAAGCACUCUCUACGAUAAAAAUUUGGAAAAGGGUGUUUUUGGAGAUAAGCUCUAAGAUGGCUACAGUAGUGAUGUAGUCAUUUUAUUAUCUUACGAUGUAUGAAGUGAGUCGAAAUCGGCCUGAAUCUCCUGACUGCUUUUCCCUGACGUCUCCGGUACGAGCUUAAGUGCUAACAGGUAGAAAACCACAAGAAGCACCACAAAUGGCAGAUACGCGUAGUCAUCCAAAGCGUCCGAAAUGUAUGAGUACGCGACCCCAACGACCAAGUUGCACAGCCAGUUGAUACCGAUGCAAAGCGACGAGCAGCUUGCACGAAUAGAAUCUGGGAACAAAUCGGCAGUCACGACCCGACCCACACAAGCGGACCCAGAGUCGCUUCGAAUGCGAUCACAUACAAAGCCGUAAAGAUAAUCGACAGCGCCGACACGUCCACGAGGAAGGCGAUGGUCAUACACACAGCCAUGACGCACAUACUCGCGAUACCCCACAAGAUCAUCUGACGGUUGCCAAAGCGGACAGCUAGUGCACCAGCCGCGAAACCAGGGAAGACGUUGAUAAAAUCGAUGAUAAGAGUUCCAAUGCGCGAAUCUGAAAUACCAGCAUCCGCGAAAAUGCUACUGGAAUAGUAACAUACGGCAUUGAUACCGGAGAGCUGCUGAGCGCACGACAGUAGAAUAGCCGUGGAUAGUUGUAGACGGUAGCGUGGAGAGAAUAGAGAUUCGUUCACUUCAAA